GUUAAAGGUCUGUCACUGCCUGCAUAGCCUCUGCCUCCACAUAUUGCUUAUUUAACAAGUCAUAAAAAGGAAAUGGGAGGUGGCCUGGCAGCUGGCAGGCUCUGACAGGAAGCGUCAGAUUAAGGGGACACAGCACACAGCCCCAUCUCUCUGGUCUCUAGAUACUGUUUGGCCACCCACUCCAAGGACCUGUCUCUAUUGUGGGGGUUUGGGGGAGAGUGUUUAGCAAUCCCCUUUCUUCUUCCUUCCCAGCUGUCUCGCCCUGGAGCAUUAGGCCUCCAGGGAGCUCCUGUGUAACUGUAAAGGCCUGGAUUCCUAUGCGUCUGCCCCACGCACCAUCCUGAGACCUGGGAUCACGUUAGCAGGGCCACAGAACACAGCUCCCACAGCUCUGAGCCAGAAGAAGAUGGAAGAAUUUCCACAGAGCAGAUAUGGAGCUAUGGCUGAAGGCAGUGUAGAAGAUAACCAGUUGGCACCAUCUUCCUCAAUGAGGGUCAUCCUGGUGGGCAAAUCUGGUUGUGGAAAAAGUGCCACUGGAAAUAGCAUCCUCUGUCAACCUGUGUUUGAGUCCAGGCUGGCGGCCCAGGCUGUGACCAGGAAGUGCCAGUUCUCCAAAGGCACCUGGAAUAAAAAGAACAUCAAGGUGGUUGACACACCCUCCAUCUUUGAAGCCAAGGCCCAGGACCAAGAGAUGUACAAGGACAUCGGGGACUGCUACCUGUUCUCAGCCCCAGGGCCCCAUGUACUUCUGCUGGUGACACAGCUGGGGCGCUUCACUGCCCGGGACACGGUGGCAGUGAGGAGGGUGAAGGAGGUCUUUGGGGCAGGAGCCAUGAGACAUGUGGUGGUCAUCUUCACCCACAAGGAGGAUUUAGGGGAUGGGUCCUUGGAGGACUAUGUAGACAAAACGGACAAUCACAGCCUGCAGAGCCUGGUCCAGGAGUGUGGGAAGAGGUACUGUGGCUUCAACAACCAGGCUACUGGGGAGGAACAAAGGGAGCAGCUGGAGAAGCUGAUGGCUGUGGUCGAGAAGUUGGAAAGGGAUAACCAUAAUAAAAUCUAUGAAAACGACCUCUUUCAUGAUGUACAGAACCACCACGGAGGCAAGGACAGCAUCCCAGAAGAGUACCUGCCCAAAAUUCAAGCAUACAUUGAAAAGCAAAAGCGAGUUCUGGAAGAUACUGGGAGUCACUGGGCAUCCAAGGCGGUCAACAGAGUCAAAAAUUAUAUCUUGUCUGACAUAGGGCUUGGAAAUCGAAAUUCAGAACUGCGACUUGUCUUAGUGGGUAAGACUGGAGCAGGAAAAAGUGCCACAGGAAAUAGCAUCCUUGGAAAGAAAGAAUUUAAUUCCAGCAUUGCAGCAAAAUCUAUCACCAAGGCCUGUCAGAAAGGGAGAAGCAUGUGGAAUGGGAGAAAAAUAGUCGUCGUGGACACACCUGGCAUUUUCGACACUGAGGUACCGGAUGCUGACACACAAAGGGAGAUUGCUAAGUGCAUCCUCCUGUCCUCUCCUGGGCCUCACGCUGUGCUCCUGGUGAUCCCUCUUGCCCGGCACACAAAGGAAGAACAAAAGGCUCUGGAGAAGAUGCUGUCAAUGUUUGGACCCAAUGCCAAGAGAUACAUGAUUCUCUUAUUCACUCGGAAAGAUGACUUGAAUGGCAUGGAUUUUCAUGAUUACUUAAAGGAAACACCAGAAUACAUUCAAGAUUUGAUGAAACAGUUCAAGGAUCGUCAUUGUGAGUUCAACAAUAAGGCGGUAGGGGCUGAGCAGGAGGCUCAGAGGACACAAUUGCUGAACCUGGUCCAGCACAUGGUGAAGCAGAACACUGGAGGAUUCUACACUAAUCAGAUGUACCAAAAGGCGGAGGUGGAGAUUCAGAAAAAGAUUCAAGCUAUACAAGAAAAAUACAGAGCUGAGCUGGAGGAAGAGAAAAGAAAAUUAAAAGAGGAGUAUGAAGAGAAAAUCAGAAAUCUGGAGGAUACAGUAGAGCAGGAAAUGAUAAAAGCAGAAAUGGAGAGCGAAUUUGAAGAAAGGGAGAAUUACUAUUCCUUCAUGCAGCAAAAUGCUAGAGGGCUUGAAAAUCAAGAUUCACAACUGCGACUUGUCUUAGUGGGUAAGACUGGAGCGGGAAAAAGUGCCACAGGAAACAGCAUCCUUGGAAAGAAAGCAUUUAAUUCCAGCAUUGCAGCAAAAUCCAUCACCAAGACCUGUCAGAAAGAGAGAAGCGUGUGGAAUGGGAGAGAAAUAGUCGUCGUGGACACACCUGGCAUUUUUGACACGGAAGUACCAGAUGAUGACACACAAAGGGAGAUUGCUAAAUGUAUCCUUCAGACCUCUCCCAGGCCUCACGCUGUGCUCCUGGUGGUCCCCCUGGGCCGGUACACAAAGGAAGAACAAAAGGCUGUGGAGAAGAUGCUGUCAAUGUUUGGACCCAAAGUGAGGAAAUACAUGAUUCUCUUAUUCACCCGGAAAGAUGACUUGGAUGGCAUGGAGCUCCAUGAUUACUUAAAGGAAGCACCAGAAGGCAUUCAAGAUCUGAUGAAACAGUUCAAGAAUCGCCACUGUGAGUUCAACAAUAAGGCGACAGGGGCUGAGCAGGAGGAUCAAAGGACACAACUGCUGGACCUGGUCCAGCACAUAGUGAAGCAGAACAAGGGAGGAUUCUACACUAAUAAGAUUUACCAAAGAGCGGAGGCGGAGAUUCAGAAACAGAUUCAAGCUAUACAAGAAAACUACAGAGCUCGGCUGAAGAAAGAGAAAAGGCAGUUAAAAGAGGAGUAUGAAGAGAAAAUCAGAAAGCUAGAGGAUACAUUAGAGCAGGAAAUGAAAAAGGCAGAAAUGGAGAGGGAAUUUGAAGAAAGGGAGAAAUACUAUUUGUUCAUGCAGCAAAAUGCUAGAGGUGAAGUUGAGAGUCAGAAAGGAAUGCUUGAUUUAAUCUUGAAAGGAUUAAGAGUAAUCUGGAGAGAAAUCUCAUCUCUGUUCAAGGAAGAUUAGGCUAAUGAAAAUCUGUCUAUAUUUCCUGUGUGUUUUCAGGUGCAUCUGCCCCACAUAACUCAUUCCCUAAAGUCAGAGCUCUGUUUCUGUCUCUCAGGCUCUCAGACUGGGCCGUGUAGUAAACUUCAGUCAUAGAAAUUGGGAUACUUUUGGUUGAGGUAAGAGGGAAGGAAAACAUCCUCAAUUUGUAAAACUCCAAAGCAGAAAGUAUGGAUGCUCCCUAUCUUCUGAACUCUCAAAGACAGAGAGAAAAUGAAUGCAGGAGAUCAAAAGACCAUGACCCCAUGCUUUCUCUAUCCUUAGUAAAGUUUCCUCCUCUAGAUUGGCACAUAAUCUCCACCCGUGGCUCCUACUCCUUAUUUUUAUCUUUAGGAUCACAAUGCUCAUUUUACAGAUGUGGUUAGAGAAAUCAAUUCUUUGCCUUAGAUAAUCUAUAGAUAGAGAUGUUUAUAAAAUUCUUUCUAUAUAUACAUAAAUUUGUUGAAUUUAAUUUUUAUGGAAGGACUAAAAUUGUUCCUUAUUAUCUGCCCACUAGAGAACAAAGAUUUGUCUGGAAAAUGUUUUUCAGUACUCAACUAAGUGAAAUGCCAGAAAGAGCAAAAGACAAGAGAUUCAACAGCUAAGAGAACAAUGUUCAGUAUAUUCAGAUGUUUCUGUAGAAAGUUGUUGAGCAAACUCAAUGUAACCACUUUGCUGAAUAACUAGUUCUCCUCUUCUUGUGAAACUAACUGUUGCCACCACACCUCUAUCACACCACACCUUGAUUACUUACUGCUAGGUGUAUCAUCCCCACACUGCUGCCUCCACUCAUUUGAAUUGUUUGCUCAUUGUUACCAUAAUAAAACGUUUCUAUUCUCUCUUA